AUGGAUACAUUUAAGUCAUUUGUUGAUCAAGUAAACUUAGCCUUUAACAAAAACAUUAAGUCCUUAACUCAAGUCUUUACAGGUAAAACGUUUGAACUACCACGAGAUGCAGCUAUGAAUGCCAUAGUUAAAAAGAGCAACAUCUUUGGCUUCAUCAAAACAAAAGCUGGCUCAAUGCUAGGAUUCUAUUACGAAGAGCCGAUAUUAUCAACUUCUACAUCAGCUAACAAAAUAUAAACCAGAACUAUGAUUUACGGAAUCUCAACCGGAAUUUUCUCCAAAAAAGAGAUUGGUGAUAAUUAUUAAACAGAAUUUGGACCAUGGUAAUUAGGAAAGUUUUAGCAAAUCCUCACAACUCCUAGAGCACAAAUAAUAUUUCACCCAUCAUGCCUUUAUUAUAGUUACUAGCCUAAUAAAGCUCAGUGCUAUAGUAGUUCUAAUUUCGAUUAACAAGAAUAUUGCUAAUGGAUACUCUAAAAACCCUAAGGCGAUGAUAGCGUUAAUUUUGAAUGCCUGCAAAUAGAGUAUUAUGAAGGCAAAGAAAACAAAUGA